CUUGAAUCACUCAAUCACUCGGUUUCUCUCAUUAAACAUUGCACUCUUGCGAAGCCAUUCACGGUCCAGCAUGUUAAAUAAUCUACAGGGUGUUAAAUGAUAAAAUAAUACAAUAAGUAAUAUUAUUAAAAAUUCGUAAAUGUUGCUAACGGUGGAAAAUUAACAAAUUUUAGAUGGUUGGCGUAAAAUAAGACUGAUAAGUAUACGGGGUGUUGUAGGAAAAAUGGAGAAGGUGAAAUUUGUGAUUUCAGUGUUAUUGAUUGGUGCGAUAUAUUGCGAGGAUGUUCUUGUGCAAGAUGGACAUCUUGAGGAUAAUAGCAGAGAAGUUAGGGAAUUUAAUCCAGAAGGAUGGAGAGCCGUGGAAAAAUUCACUGCCAGCGACCUAGGAUGGAUACCAAGAGACGAAAUUACCGAUUUAGACCAAAUAAAAAUAAAACGCCGACGUAUUCGUAAAAGAAAAAGAAGACCGCCAUUACAAAACGCAGAAGAAGGAGAGGUAUAUCCAAGAAGAAGACUUCGCCCUUUCAGAUUAGACCAAAUCACUCCAGCUUGGGAAGAUUUAUCAAUAACAGAAGAGAACAUUAAACCUAAUAAUAGAAGAAGAUUGCCAUUACCCAAUCCGACUUCAGAAGAAAUUGAUAAAAAUGACGCUACUGAAGAAAUAGUGUCAGGUACGCAAAGAAAGGAUGUUCAAGAAAAACCUCUGGGAACUUCAAUACUAGUCGAAGAAAAAUCUGAACCUCAGUUAUCUACGAAUUCUUUAUCCGAUUUAAAGACUUUAUUAAAGAAAUCUGGUGGUAAAUUUAGUUUAAGCGAAAUUUUACAACAAAAGAAUCUGUCACUAUCUGAAUUACUUAUGGGUAAUGAACGAGCGAUAUCUGCUCUUACCGAGAAUCCCGAAAAACCACCAAUAAUCAUCGAUACAACGACAGAACAAUCUAAUAAAUAUAAGCGACUACCGCCUUCUAUUGCUUUAAAGCCUCCCACCAAAACUUCUGUACAAGAAGAUUCAACUGAAGAUUCUCUGAGUGCAAAAGAGACUUUAGAUGCCCAAAGAAAACGAUUAGCUCUACUUCAACCUAAAGAAAAUAAAAUAUUUACUACCGUUAUCAAAUUCGAUGUCAUCAACGAACCAACAACUGACAGAAGAAUAUUUAUCCCUGCUAAUUCUAAAUACUCAGGAGUUGAGUAUAUACAUAUAAAUUCGGAUGAAGGUGAGAUGGAUUCUACUACUGAAAGAAAAAUUACUAUUCCAUCAACUACCAUAAGUACGACUAGUAGUACAAGUGCUACAGAAAAAAUUAAAGAUGUGGUAACUUUAACACCAAAUCCAAGUUCAACAACAAAAGCAGUCAGAUAUAGAGGGAAAUUACCAACUACAAAUGCUAAACUUAGAAUAACAACAAAGAAAGUAAAUCAAAUAGAGAAAGAGAGCUAUCCAGUUCAAUUUGCUAAACCAAUCAAAAUUGAUAUUAGCGAACUAAUAGGUUUCCAUAAAAAUGAGGAUAAUCAAAAAGAAGAAGAAGCCAAAACUGAUGGACCAAUGAAGGUAUCAAUCGACUUAGAAGCAAUGUUCGAUGAAAGCAACAAAAAACUAAUCGAACAAUCUGCAGAUAUUCCAGAACCAAUCAUAGAACUGACUACAAACAAUUCAGAAGAUCAAAAUGAAACGUAUGUAACAGCUAAACAAGAAAUAAUGGAGGUAAUGAAAGAUCCUAUCAGUAGAGAAAAGUUAUCAAGAAUUUUAGAAUACAGAAAUAUGACCAUAGAAGAAUUGGUUGAACAAAGAGAACGCGGUUCUUCUCAGCUACAUCUAGCCGAUAUUUUCCAUAACAAAACUAGAGAACCAGAGCCGAAAGACGAACCGUUUGUAGGUCAAAUCAAUCCAGAAUUUAUCCAGAAUAUAAAAACUAGUUAUCGACAACAAAAGAGUACAAAAUUAGAUGAUGUUACUGCUGCAUCAACAUCAACUACUAAUUCUGUAAAAGAAAUCACUACUAAGAGUAAACAGAAAGAAAUUUUUCCUACAGUGACAGUAAAAUUGACUAAAAAUUCUGAUGGCGUUGAUACUUUUCCUUGGAAACAGCUAUAUCCUAACCUAUUUCCAGAAACAAAUGAAAUUGAUAACAAAGAUUCCAGAGAAAAUAUUAACGAAUUCAUUGAAAGUCUUGAUAUAGAAAAUCGUUUGACUGCCAACACUGAUGAUGAUGAUGGUAUCUUCAAUAGUAUACCCUCUGGUGUCAAAUCAGCUAUUUUAGUUAGUUUAGCAAUCAUAGGACUAUCUAUAACAGUUUUCCUAGCUGUGUUACUAGUAUUAAAAUGGAUUCAACGUAAAAACAAAUCGAUGAACUACUGUGGUAGUUUAACUACGAAAUUUAGGACUCCAAUGAUGCUUCAAGGUCGGCCCACUACAGCUAUCAAGACUUUUAUGAAUGAAACUCUUGGUAGGAAGAAGAACUAUUAUAAAUCUACGUUGCAGAGUAUGUCUGAUGAAAUCUGGGACGCCAGUAGAGAUAGAAAGGAAUCGUUUUGAUUUCGAUCGACUACAUUUUGUUGAUUUUUUAUUUAUUUGUUAUUUAUGUGAUUUUGUGUGCAAUAAUAUUAAUGUCGAAUGAAGUGUUAUGUGAUACGAUGGAGAGUAGUUGUUUUUAAUAUGAUAGGAUAAGAAGACUUUAUGGUUCAAUAAUCUCGAUUGAAGUAAAUAAAAAAGAUUAUUGAAUUUAGUUUUUUAAAAGAAUAUUAUGUAUUAAGUGUUGACUGGAUUUAAUAUUUUUUUUUAAUAAAUAUUUUUUCAUAUUUA